AAUCGUAUAACGUUCGAUCAGUCGCCGUUGCGUGCUCGACGUAUAGUGACCAACCGUGUACAUCUACUGCCGUAACGGACUUGUCGCACGUGUACUGCCCCGCUAUUAAAAACUCGGUCAUCGGUUUCUCGACGCAGAGUGCUAAGCGAAUUACUUACGGCUAUAUUUGAAGUGUGAUGGAUGUGUGUGUCUUCAGAGAUGCACAAAUGGCUGCAAUUGCCGGCUACUCCGACAGACGAUCCGUUGGCUUCUGUUUACCCAUCCAAUCAUUACAAGAAGUCACACGUUUACGCUGUCACAAGGAUAAAUCCCAUUUACGUGGACGACGAACUGCUGCACCAGCACCAUGGGACGUGGAACAGGAACGGUAGUUCCGGUUACGACAGCCAGCCGCACUCGGACCACUCGUCGAGCCUGGACAAGAACUCGCCGCCGGGCACCAAGUGCCUGAGGUCGCCACCGCCGUCGCCUACGGGCAAGCUGUCGGGCGGUCAACUCGGGGCCGUCACGGCGUCGUGGCUAUCGCCCAUCGAGGAGGGUGUGGUCGACGUGCGCCUGUUCGUGCCGCGACCCGUGUGGCCGGGGCACGGCGGCAGCGACUGCACGUACGCCGACCACGGGCGCAUACCGCGGGCGAAAUGCUGCAGGUCGCACGACCGGUGCCGGUGCCUCAGCAACGGCAACGGCAGCAUCAGCAGUAGUAGCAGCAGCAGCAGCAGCAGCAGCGUCGACAACGGGCAGCGGGCGGCGGCGAAAGCGGUCUGCAGCUAUUCCGGGUACUCAUCGGCAUACGGAGGGUCCGGCAGCGGGACGGUUAGCACUAGCACGACCACUAGUGGCGGCGGCGGCGGGGCCACCUGUUCUUGUUCGGACGACGCCAACCAACCGUCGUCGGGCAUCGGUUCCGUCAGCAGCUUCAACAAGCAGUCACCGCUGACGUUGCAACCGCCGCGUUUCGGCAUCGGUACCGCGGGCCACGUCGACAACAAGGCUCUGGUCAAAUGCGCCUGGAACGCGGCCGCCGACCUGAGGCUCAACCAAAAGACUGAUAACCUACACAAUGAUUGUGACGCUAUGUUGCGUGGAUUGCAAUUCACAUUGGACGCACAACAAGCAGAAAAGCUGAUGCAGAAGAUCAAGGUGGGAAAGAAGCACAGGUGUUGGUGUCGUUUAGUCACGACGUUUAUAGGUCUGAUCAUGUUUCUCGUAUCUGUGAUCACCGUCACCCUUGUUAUCACCAAGGGGAAAAGAAUGUUCGGCUCUAUUUGAUAAAUUGCAUUCAAACUCUCAAUAUAAAAAUUUUAAUAUGUA